CGAUUUCAAUGAAACAGGGUCCAGACGAAGUGAGUUAGAAGAGUUUAUUACAUCUACGCGUCCAUUCUGUGUUGUUCUUCGGAUUUUCAAAUUAGUAACAAAUUCGAGUUUUUUUGGAACAAGUUGGCAUACUGAGAAGCACUCCGUGAAAUUGCUUAAUAACAAAAAGCUAACCAGAUGAAACAAGCUUUGAAACUUGCUGCAUGUUUAAGAAAAACUACGUUUCGACGAUCUACAUUUGAAUUUUUGGUGCCAUUGGGCAGAAAGUACGUUACUUCAACAGCUGAAGGAUCACAGAGAAGUGCCAAAAAACUCUGGUAUCAAAGUGAUAAACACAAUAUAUUUCCCUCCAUAAAGAAAAUUGACAUUGAGAUACCGAAGUUACCAAAAAACACGCCCCUCUUCGUCGAGAAACUAUUAUUACAUUUAGCAAAGGAUUCAUUUGUUUUCGACUUAUCAUGUGUGCGCCCGCGUGCCGAAACAAAGCUUCAAUCAGAAUGUGUUUUUCUUAUAAUCGGUAGCUGCAGAAAUGAGUCUCAUAUUAUCUCUGCGUCUAAGUCCCUCAAACAAUUACUGAAAGAUACAAAAAAAUAUCAUUAUGAUACACAAGGUCUCCCCCCCUCUGCAAAUUACAAGCGGGCUCAGGAGAGGCGCCUACGAAAGAAUCCUCGAUAUGACUCUAUUAUAAAUCACACUUCCGCUUGCUUGUGGACUUGCACGUACAUUGAGGAAUUAAACGUGUACGUUCAUCUGCUGACGCCUAAAAAACGCGAAGAGGUACAGCUUGAGCUGUUGUCAGAUGAUCAUCAAGCAUUAUUCCACGAUGGAACGCAUUUGUCCGCAGUCAGAAGUCCGUCUGCCAAUAGUGUGGAAGUAGAAGAGCAAAAUGGCAUGUCAAGGGAAGAAAUUUUUAAAAAGAUUAUGCUUGCAUGUAAUGACAUGAAUCAGGCUUUUUGUCACAAACAUGGAUUUUUGCUUUCUCACAUCAACUCAAGUCAACUAUCAACAAUUGAGAAAGAGGAAUUCAGUAGUGUAAGUGUACGUGACUUACUUUUGCAGGCUGCAACUGCUAAAUGUGAUCCAAAUAGUCAUAAAGAUCCCGAAGCCAUUGUGAGUUUACGUUUCAAGCAAGUGUGCUUACUAUAUCAAACGCUACGUGAUGCGCAAAUAGUAAGCAAGCAAACAUUACAGAACCUAUUUGUAAGGGCUUUGUUAAUUGCUUCUUUCAUUGAGUCAUCUUCUACUACUGAAAAUCCUUACCUUGACUACCGUUUCCGCAAAAUUGACCAGCUUAUAAGGCGACAAGGGGUCCAAUAUAACAGGGAGGACAUUAAGAUUAUUAUUCACAUACUCGUUAGCACACGAAACUGGACGGCUUUACGAAAAAGAUGGAACGAGCUGAAGGUUGCAUCCAUUGAACGGGAUUUGGAUUUAUAUACGUAUCUCUUUCAACAGGUAGCAAACAGCAAAUCACAAUGUGCUUCAGAUUAUUUAAUUACAUAUAUCCUUGAAGACUUGAAGUGUGAAAUUCCGACGUAUACGAGUUCAACUGUUCUGAAAAAAUACAUAGACAUAUGUCGAAAAAAUACACGCUCGACGAACACAACGGUUGAUCAAUCUCCACUGAAUUCUGUUUUAUGAACCAACAAUAAAAAUCAUUCGCACACAAACAAUUCACUGUGAACCAUAGAUUUAUUAAGUCUACCCCAAAAAGAUAAAUAGAGUAAAGUAUAUGUACAACAGCUAACA